UACAAACCAAAACCAUGUCAUUACUCCAUUAAUUAUUGAUUCAAUUCAAUCGAAUACUCUGUCUUUUCUCAUCACUUUCACUCCUUAAAUACUAUCCUUCUCUACACUCAACUCUCAAUCCACACAAAAAAUCAACACUACCAAGAGCACACAACACACUCUUCUAAUGGCGAAAGAUAUUGAGGUUACAGAGCAACCAGGGGAAUACUCUGCCAAGGACUACAGUGACCCACCUCCAGUACCGUUGUUCGACCCGGAGGAGCUCACAAAGUGGUCUCUGUACAGAGCUGUCAUAGCAGAGUUCGUAGCAACCCUUCUCUUCCUUUACAUCACCGUGUUGACCAUUAUUGGCUACAAAAGACAGACUGACCUCGGUAUUCCAGGGAACACUGAGUGUGAUGGGGUUGGAAUUUUGGGUAUAGCUUGGGCCUUUGGUGGCAUGAUCUUCGUCCUUGUUUACUGCACCGCCGGUAUCUCAGGAGGGCAUAUUAACCCUGCUGUGACAUUUGGGCUAUUCGUGGGACGCAAGGUGUCCCUGGUAAGGGCGUUACUGUACAUCAUUGCACAGUGCUUAGGUGCAAUCUGUGGUGCUGGACUUGCUAAGGGCUUCCAAAAAUCAUUCUACAACAGAUAUGGAGGUGGGGCUAACACAAUCUCAGAUGGCUACAGCAAAGGCACAGCUUUGGGUGCUGAGAUCAUAGGAACCUUUGUUCUUGUCUACACUGUUUUCUCUGCUACUGAUCCUAAGAGGAACGCUAGGGAUUCCCAUGUUCCUGUACUGGCACCACUUCCAAUUGGAUUUGCUGUGUUCAUGGUUCACUUGGCUACAAUCCCUGUUACUGGCACUGGCAUUAACCCAGCAAGGAGUUUUGGACCAGCUGUUAUCUUCAACGAGGACAAAGUUUGGGAUGACCAAUGGGUUUAUUGGGUUGGACCAUUUGUUGGAGCUCUGGUUGCUGCAAUCUACCACCAGUACAUUCUCAGAGCAGGAGCAAUCAAAGCUCUUGGAUCCUUCAGGAGCAACGCUUAAUUAAUCAAGAUAUGAGGCUGUGUUGUCAAUAACAGUUUCCGUUGUCUGCUGGACCCUGCUGGAGUUUUGACCUCUUUCUCUGUGUUUUGUGGGAAAAAAGCCAAAUUCCGUGGGGUCUUGAAAUUGUAGAUAAGCAUGUGCUUAUGUCUAAGUCUAAGGGUGUAUUUGUAUCCCUCUUGCUAUUGUCCUUUUCUUAUUUUGCCCAAGUUUUCCUCUUGUGUUUGCAAUUUGCAUGUGAUCUGGUGCACAUUUUAAUCAAAUAUUCAAUCUACCUGUUUCUGCAUAA